UAUUCGUUAUGAUUUUCUCUCGGUCGGUUCUUCGUUGUGUGUUCGCGUGCAGUGGCGAGCACAAGUUUUGUUGAUCUCGGCUAAAGAUAGGGUUGUAUCAAUAUGAUUUGAUUCCCUAGUCGUUUCUUGUGUGCCGAUCUUCAUCGUGUCUGAAUUGUCUGCCAUGGAUCCGAAGAACAAACGGGUGUACAAAGUGGUGCUGACGGGAGGCCCGUGCGGUGGGAAGACCACGGGACAGUCCCGGCUGUGCACCUUUUUCGAGAACUUGGGAUGGAAGGUGUUCCGGGUCCCGGAGACGGCGACGGUGCUGCUCAGGUAG